AUGUUUAAACUUUUUCUUCGUCUAAGCCUUGGACUACUUGUAAUAAAUUUAGCCAUCCAUCCAUGUGAUGGAUUUCGAUACAGAGGAUACAAUACAAAACAUGGCAGAGGAUAUAAGGAUAAUACUAAAUCAAAUUCUGCUGCCACUCCUCCUGCCCUUCCCAAUCAAGGUCCUGCCAGAAGAGGUCUGGGCCUGUCAGCAUGGGGUAUUAUUACUGUUAUUGUUUCUUUCAUACUAGCAAUUGCAGGAAUGUACUAUUUUUCUAUUUGCUACCCCAUUAUUUGUCAAAAGAAUAAAAAAUAUGACAUGAUCGGUUUGACAUCCGUUGCU